UCCCCGCCCUCAGAGCCGCUCCGGGGCCGCCGAGAUGCAGGCGAGGGCGGGCGGGCGCUGGAGGCGGCGGGCGGCGCGGGCGCUGCCGCUGCUGCUGCUGGCGCUGUGGGGCUGGCAGCCGCGGGGAGCGCGAGCGCAGCGCCCGGCGGCGGACACAGACAACAGGACGGAUUGCGUUCCCCCUUCGUCUGAGUUUCCUGAGGGUUUUUUUACACCGCAGGAGAGAAAGGAUGGAGGAAUCGUUAUCUAUUUCCUAAUAAUACUUUACAUGUUUUUGGCCGCGUCCAUCGUGUGCGAUGAUUACUUCCUACCGUCUCUAGAGAUCAUCACAGAAUGCCUUGGCCUCUCUCAGGAUGUUGCUGGAGCAACUUUUAUGGCUGCUGGAAGCUCUGCUCCAGAGCUUGUCACUGCUUUUCUAGGAGUCUUCGUGACAAAAGGAGACAUUGGCGUCAGCACCAUCCUUGGAUCGGCCAUCUAUAAUCUUCUUGGGAUCUGUGCAGCUUGCGGGCUGCUUUCUAGCGUGGUUUCGAGGCUAUCCUGUUGGCCGCUGUUUAGAGACUGCCUGGCAUAUACAAUUAGUGCAGCGGCGGUCCUUGCGAUGAUAUCUGACAGCAGAAUUUACUGGUAUGAAAGUGCUUCCUUAUUAUUAAUAUAUGGGUGUUAUAUUCUGGUGCUAUGUUUUGACAUUAAAAUCAACCGGUGCCUCAUGAAAAAGCUCAGUCCCUGCUGUUGGUGUUGUACAAAAGCUAUGGAACAGAGUGGUGAGCAGCAGCCAUUAGCUGGAUGGAGGGAAGAGAGCGGGCCUCUAAUUCGUCAACAGUCAAGAACUGACAGUGGAAUUUUUCAAGAUGAGCUGGACUAUUCUCAUCUUUCAACAAGUUUACAUGAGCUUGAUGAAAUCUCUGAAGAUCAUCCAAGCGUCUUCACCAUGCCCGAAGAAGAUAUGAAGAGAAUUUUGUGGGUGUUAUCCCUUCCUAUUAUUACACUACUCUACUUGACUACACCAGAUUGCAGGAGGCGGUUUUGGAGGAAUUGGUUCAUGGUAACAUUUUUCAUGUCAGCAGCAUGGAUUUCUGCAAUAACUUACGUUCUUGUGUGGAUGAUAACAAUAGCAGGUGAAACACUGGGAAUUCCAGAGUCAGUAAUGGGUCUCACAUUACUAGCAGCAGGAACAAGCGUACCAGAUACAGUUGCAAGUGUGCUGGUGGCUCGAAAAGGAAAUGGAGAUAUGGCCAUGUCUAACAUUGUGGGAUCCAACGUAUUUGAUAUGCUUUGUUUGGGAAUACCCUGGUUUAUAAAAACUGCCUUCAUAAAUACAUCCGGACCCAUAGAAGUGAACAGCACUGGUUUGACAUACACAGCCACUUCUCUCAUCUGUUCAGUUGUUUUUAUUUUUCUGGCAAUUCACCUGAAUGGCUGGAAAAUAGAUAAAAAAUUGGGAGCAGUUUGUCUUAUACUCUACUUAGCAUUUACUGUCUUAUCAAUUUUAUACGAACUUGGCAUCAUAGGGAACAAUCCUACAAGGGUCUGUGGUAACUAG